AUGCCUACCACUCGGAGGAAGUCGAGUCUGGGUUCAGACAUCAGAGGCGAUACCAGUGCUCCAGCAAUGUCAACAAUGGAUAUCAACAAAAGUGCUCCCCUCUCAGAUAUUUCGGAGCAACCCCAGGGAGCUGUUUCUACAAAAUCCGGAAAAUCUCAUCAUAAACGUCGAAAGUCUCGGUCUUUGCUUAGUCGGUUCAAAGAUGUAGCCCUCAGGCACACUUGGUUUAUACCUUUGAUUAUCCUGGUAGUCCUCCUCUCCGCAUACGCGAUAAAUCCCACCGAAACCAAUCCAUUGCACUCCGCGCUUUUCUUGUCCUACCCCCGCGAACCGGAAUAUCCUGGCGAACGUGUGAUGUACGGCAAAGGAAAGAAGGAUUUUGCGUUUGUCGCUUUUUACACCGUGGUUCUCUCAUUCACCCGUGAAUUUUUGAUGCAACGAGUGAUCCGACCAUGGGCGCUUUACUGUAACAUCCGAGGAAAGGGAAAGAUUGCACGUUACAUGGAGCAGGUGUAUACUGCCAUGUAUUUUGCCGUCUUUGGUCCUUUCGGUCUUUGGGUCAUGAGCCGAACUAACAUCUGGUAUUUUAAUACCACCGCAAUGUUCGAGGGCUUUCCCCAUCGUGAGCAUACGGCGGAAUUCAAGGCAUACUAUCUCCUGCAAGCAGCUUACUGGUUCCAACAAGCCAUUGUGCUGUUGCUGCAAUUGGAGAAGCCUCGCAAAGACUUCAAGGAACUUGUUGGCCACCACAUUAUCACACUGGCUCUGAUCUUCCUCAGCUAUCGUUUCCAUUUUACCUACAUGGGUAUUGCUGUGUACAUCACACACGAUAUUUCCGACUUUUUCCUCGCAACCUCCAAGACUUUGAAUUACCUCGACUCACCUAUCAUCGGUCCUUACUUCGGCCUUUUUGUUACAGUCUGGGUUUACUUACGGCAUUUUAUCAACUUGAAGAUCCUCUGGGCCGUUCUGACCGAAUUCAGAACCGUCGGUCCAUUUGAGCUGAACUGGGAGACUCAACAAUACAAAUGCUGGAUCAGUCAGUACAUCACCUUUGCUCUUCUUGCCAGUCUUCAGGCCGUGAAUCUCUUCUGGCUUUAUUUGAUCAUGCGCAUCUUGAAGAAGUAUAUCCUGGACGAUGUUGCCCAAGAUGAAAGAAGUGAGGACGAGGAAGAGGAAGAAGAACAAGCGAGCACCUCCAAGGCUGCUGCCGGUGGCAUCAAUGGAGCGGAGGGUGUCUCUUCUCAGGUCUCCGUCAACGGCGCAUUGACUGACGGUCGCAAACGCAAGUAA